GAUGAAGCUGCAGCAGCAGUCCAGCGACUGAGCGCCAGCAGCGUGUGGAUCCACCGAACCGGAGGAUUUCUACGCGAAGGCGGGGAGACCUGAGCGAGUUGAAGAACCCCCCCACCCUCCUCCACCCCGCCUCACCGCUCAAGAGAAAACCCCCGCGGCUCCUCAGUAGAUGUGUCUCCUCUCCGUGCACUUCGAGCUGUUGUUGUAAUUCUCGCCCAGCAAGAUGGAAAAUGCGCACACGAAGCCCGCCAGCGAAGUUCUGGACAACUUCGGGGUGAAUGAGAAUACCGGUCUGACCCAGGAGCAAGUCAAGAGCCAUUUGGAGAAGUAUGGGCCGAACGAGCUCCCGGCCGAAGAAGGGAAAUCCCUUUGGGAGCUUGUCCUGGAGCAGUUUGAAGACCUGCUGGUUCGGAUCCUGCUGUUGGCUGCAAUCGUCUCAUUUGUGUUGGCACUGUUUGAGGAGGGGGAGGAGACAACCACCGCCUUUGUGGAGCCCAUUGUUAUUCUUCUCAUCCUCAUCGCCAAUGCUGUCAUCGGGGUCUGGCAGGAGCGCAACGCGGAGAACGCCAUCGAGGCUCUGAAAGAGUAUGAACCAGAGAUGGGAAAGGUUUACCGCAUGAACCGAAAUACCGUUCAGAGGAUCAAAGCCCGAGACAUCGUUCCCGGAGACAUCGUGGAGGUGGCAGUUGGCGACAAGGUUCCUGCUGAUAUCAGGGUCACCUCUAUCAGGUCCACCACGCUUCGAGUGGACCAGUCCAUCCUGACAGGGGAGUCUGUGUCUGUCAUCAAACACACCGACCCAGUUCCCGACCCCAGAGCGGUGAAUCAAGAUAAAAAGAACAUGCUGUUUUCUGGCACCAACAUAGCUGCAGGUCGAGCCGUGGGCGUGGUGGUCGCUACCGGUGUGAGCACUGAGAUCGGUAAGAUCCGUAAUCAGAUGGCCUCAACCGAACAAGACAAGACGCCGCUGCAGCAGAAGCUGGACGAGUUCGGCCAGCAGCUCUCGAAGGUGAUCUCGAUGGUCUGCGUGGCGGUUUGGGUCAUUAACAUUGGACACUUCGCCGACCCCGUCCACGGCGGCUCUUGGGUUCGAGGGGCCAUCUAUUAUUUUAAGAUAGCCGUGGCGCUUGCCGUGGCUGCCAUCCCUGAAGGGCUGCCAGCUGUCAUCACCACCUGCCUGGCCCUGGGCACCCGUCGCAUGGCUAAGAAGAACGCCAUCGUCCGCAGCCUGCCCUCGGUGGAAACCCUCGGCUGCACCUCUGUGAUCUGCUCAGACAAGACCGGGACCCUCACCACCAACCAGAUGUCAGUCUGCAGAAUGUUUGUCGUGGACAGGGUGAUGGAUUCAAUCUGCAGCCUCCAUGAGUUCUCCAUCACUGGUUCUACAUACGCGCCUGAAGGUCAAGUAUUAAAAGGAGAUAAGCCGAUCAAUUGUGGUGACUUCAACGGGCUUCUGGAGCUGGCUACAGUCUGCUCCCUGUGCAAUGACUCUUCACUGGACUACAAUGAGGCCAAAGGUGUUUAUGAGAAAGUCGGUGAAGCCACGGAGACAGCCUUGACCACACUGGUGGAGAAGAUGAACGUCUUCAAUACUGACCUGUCAGGACUCACCAAGGUGGAACGUGCCGGCGCCUGCAACUCGGUGAUUAAGCAGCUGAUGAAGAAGGAUUUCACACUCGAGUUCUCCCGAGACCGCAAGUCCAUGUCCGUCUACUGCACUCCCGUCAAGCCCCACUCUUCCAGCAAGAUGUUUGUCAAGGCACGGACGACGCUUUCACACUCACCCAAACCUAUUCAGGCUGCUGGAGCUUUCCUGUUUAUUGCUAACUAUUUUUCCCAACAGGGAGCGCCAGAGAGCGUGAUUGAGAGGUGCAUGUACCUGCGAGUGGGGACCAGCAAAGUGUCUUUAACACCUGCCCUGCGAGAACAACUCAUGUCCAAGAUCCGGGAGUGGGGUACAGGCAGGGACACUCUCCGCUGCCUGGCUCUGGCGACCCACGACUCCCCGCCUAACAAAGACACAAUGGACUUGGAGGAUUCCAAAAAAUUCAUAGAAUAUGAGCUGGGCCUCACAUUUGUGGGCUGCGUCGGGAUGCUGGACCCUCCCAGAAAGGAAGUGAUCGGUUCCAUCAAACUGUGCAACGAGGCGGGGAUCCGUGUCAUCAUGAUCACGGGCGACAACAAGGGCACGGCUGUGGCCAUCUGCAGACGUAUCGGCAUCUUCGGAGAGGAGGAGGACGUGUCGGGCAAGGCCUACACCGGCCGCGAGUUUGACGACCUCUCGGCUGAAGGUCAGAGGGAAGCCGUGAAACGAGCGCGCUGCUUCGCCCGCGUGGAGCCGGCGCACAAGUCCAAGAUCGUAGGAUACCUGCAGUCGUUUGAUGAGGUCACUGCCAUGACUGGUGAUGGUGUGAACGAUGCACCGGCCCUGAAGAAAGCAGAGAUCGGCAUCGCCAUGGGCUCCGGCACAGCGGUGGCCAAGUCGGCAUCGGAGAUGGUCCUGUCGGACGACAACUUCUCCACCAUCGUGGCAGCGGUGGAGGAGGGCCGAGCCAUCUACAACAACAUGAAGCAGUUUAUCCGAUACCUCAUCUCCUCCAACGUCGGGGAAGUGGUCUGCAUCUUCCUCACCGCCAUCUUGGGCCUGCCUGAGGCUUUGAUUCCCGUCCAGCUGCUGUGGGUGAAUCUGGUCACGGACGGGCUGCCGGCCACAGCUCUGGGCUUCAACCCCCCCGACCUGGACAUCAUGGACAAGCCUCCUCGCAACCCCAAAGAGCCCCUCAUCUCCGGAUGGCUGUUCUUCAGAUACUUGGCUAUUGGAGGAUACGUUGGUCUGGGAACAGUCAGUGCUGCCACCUGGUGGUAUCUGUUUGAUGAAGAAGGACCGCAAGUGACUUUCCAUCAGCUGAGACACUUCAUGCAGUGCACCGAGGACAACCCCAUGUUCGAGGGAAUCGACUGCGAAAUCUUCGAGUCCCGUUACCCCACCACCAUGGCGCUGUCGGUGCUGGUCACGAUCGAGAUGUUCAACGCUCUCAACAGUUUGUCAGAGAACCAGUCCCUGCUUAGGAUGCCUCCCUGGGUCAAUAUUUGGCUACUGGGAGCGAUGAUCCUCUCCAUGUCGCUGCACUUCCUCAUCCUCUAUGUGGAGCCGCUGCCGCUGAUCUUCCAGGUGACAGCUCUGCGCUGGUCCCAGUGGAUCGUGGUUCUGAAGAUUUCUGUCCCUGUCAUCUUCCUGGAUGAGGCGCUGAAAUAUAUCUCCAGAAACCAUCUAGAAGGGGAGGAGGAGAAAAAAUACAUGAGGAGACGGCAGCUGCAAUAAGACCUCUCUUCCCUUCAACGCAUCGUCGACAAAACAACCACAUCCCUCCUCAUCACAAGCCUCUAUCUCUGUCCUCACUCGCCCUCCUGCAUGUCCCAAAAACCACCACUAGAGUGAGCCACCGGUGAGAGGCGUAAAGAAUAGAGCACUAUGUGCGCGAGUGUGCGAGCGAGCAAGUGUCCAUUUAUCAUGCAGAUGCAGACUCAAGAUAAAACUGCCCUCUGCUUUUUAAGUAUAUAGCUGAUCUCUUUUUGACGGUACAGUGCUGCAGUGGGGUGGGGAGGGUCGGAGGUAGAGCCCAGGAUUUGAGGGGUAGAUGAAGAAAAUGCAAGGGUGCUGCUCCGUCUUUCGUCUGUCACACUACCGGCAGAUGUUCGCGGCCAGUUUUCUCACGCUGUUGCUCUCUCGCCUUAACUUCCGCGCACUUUGUCCUGCUGCACCUUUCCCCCUCCUUCCCUCUCACCCCCCUCCUCCUCCUCGGAGGCAGCACCAACAUCAGGCUGGUAGUGGGGUGCAAAGACUCGGCUGGAGUUAAGAGUGUGGCUAAGCUUUGAGCUGCUUCUGUCUGGCUUGAUGUGAGGAGCUGAGGUCGCUGAUCGAUGUGAAUAUCUCUCUCUCUAUAUAUAUAUAUGUAUAAGUGAAUAAUGCAAAUUUAUUUAGAAUAAUGUGAAGACCAAAUAGCACAAGUUGUUGUGAGUCACUUUAAACUGCUUUUAUUUGAUCACGUUUCUAAUGCUGAGUCAUGGAAACGGUGAUGUUUUAUCCCGUCAUUGACCAAAACCUUAUCCUCAAUAGCCCGUCGUAAUAAUCCCGUACAAACUCACUCAUCCAUUGACCCGCCAUGUUUGCCUUAACUGCCCACCGCACCUCCACUUCAUGUGGUUGAUAGAAUGUGAGUCGCUUAGUUACUUCACUCCCAGUCACAUGACUUUCAGCCUCGCCCCCGGGGUGACGCCUGAUUCUCAGCUCCUCCUGCUCUGCUUCAGCGAACUUACAACCAUGACUAAAUUUAUCAUGUAUUUGACUGAAUGAACCCACUUGUUUUUGUUUUUCUGGAUCGUAGUUAGAGAGUCUUGAGUGUAGGUUCUGUGUCGGGCUCGGGUCAGGUUCACCUUUGAACUCUUGUGUGGUUAAAGGUCAUCAGCAGGUACAGUGACUGACUCCUGCGGAUUAGAUUUAGAAAAUAAAAGUUUGCAAAACUGCCACUUAACGUUUAAGAUAAAAAAAAUUGAACUAUGACAAUAAAGGAUUACGGAUUCUAUAAACUGGUGAAUUUUUGAAAAAUAAUUUGUCAAACUUGCUGUUAUUUACUACUGAAAACUGUACAGAUGAUGACAGUUAAGGGGCCCCUUUUACUGUAAUAACUACCUGUAAAAUAUUAAAUUUUGCAACAGCCAUCGACGGAAUUACCAACAAGAAUCUCUUCUUUCGAGCACACGGUGUUUAAGGUUUCUUUGCUAGACUGGCUUUCCUUCUUGUUUGUUGCAGCUGGGGUUUUUGUCUUUUACUGUAGGGAACCAAUGCGAUGCUAGAUAAAGAUCUUUCAGAUACGCAGAUCAUUUCAGUUUUCCGGGGUCCGAGAGAGUUUGUGAACGUCUGGUUUACGCUGAGAGACCAGUGCUGGUGAAUCCUGGGUUAUGAAGUUUUACAUUGAAGGGCUUGGUGUGGAUUCAGGCUUCAGAGACUCGACUUCCAGUUGAGGUCUUAACAUUUGGCACUACACCACGGUUGCUCCUGACUCAACCCAGCCUGGGGGUCUCUGGAGCCUGCGCUGCACCUCUGAGAAAUACAAAGGACUCUCUGUUUUGCCUUGUUAAUAUUGUGGACACAUAAUUUUAUAAAUGAAAAUGAU